GACCUCAUGUGUUGGUUGGGUCGCUUUUAAAUAACACUUUAAAUUUAGACUAAAUUAUAUGAUAUGACCCUUUUGUUCUAUGCCUCGUUUUCAUUAUUAAAAUGCGUAAAAGAUUCAGAUUACAAAAAAGUUUAAUUGGAAAGAAAAACAUAAAAGUUACAAGGUAAUCAUUUAAAACAGCUAUUAAACUAAUUGUUUGUAACUAAUUUGCGUUGGAUUUAAAUGGUGAAGCAUUUAAGCAUUUAGUUUCAACAGUUAUUUAAAGUUCGGUUUAAUCAAAAACUGCAAAAUUGACUAAAAUAUUAAAACAGUAGCAUUAUUUAGUCAAAGACUUUACUAUGCUUUUGUUAAAGAUUUCUGGUGUCGACUUGCUGAAUAUUGCAUUGAAUAUGUAAAUUUCUACAAAAAAAAAUGCAACAAAAGAAAAUACUAAUAUUAAUACCACCAUUUUGGGGGCAUAUAAACCCACUUAUUGGUAUUACUAAGAGACUGGUUGAAGAAAGCUACAUAAUAGUAUUUUACUCUUUGUCUGAGUUUAAAGAUAUAAUUGUCAAAACCGGUGCAGAGUACAGAGAAUAUCCAUAUUUCCCAAUUGUUAAAGCAAAUGAAAAAAGUCAUGUUCCAACAGUAAUUACACUUUUUACUUCUUUUUUGGAUAUUGCAGAUCAAACAAUACCUUAUUUUGUGGAUAUUUUUGAAAAAGAGAAGCCUGAUUUGAUAAUUUAUGACUUUAUUUCAUUCUAUAGCAAGUGUUUACUAAUUCAUUUGCAACAUAGGUAUCUGAUUGGUGUUUCAAAUAUACCACCUCCAAAAGCACUUUUGUUUUUUCCGUCUUUUUGUUUAAAUAUUGAAAUAUUUCCUGAAGAAAACUUUCUAAAAACAAUGAUAGAACCCGUUCCUAAUGAAGAAGUAAUAAAAUCAUUUGAAGCCCAUGUCAAGAAGGUAAGUGAUAAAUAUUCUCUUAAUUUAUCUACGAUGAGCCCAAUAGAAUAUAUGACGUCUUUAAAAGAGAAACUUGUUAUUGUAUCAACAUUCAGAGAACUUCAACCAAAGGGAGAAGAAUUUAAGGAGCCUUAUAAAUUUGUUGGAAGUUGCUCUGUUACUGAAAAUAGAGAAUUUUAUAUAACGGAUCCCAAAGUAAAGCAACUAUUAGGUUCGUUUGAUCCUAUAAACCCGAUUAAAUCUUUGACUGUAAAUAAAACAUGUAAAAUAUUAAUCUAUGCAUCAUUAGGAACUGUAUUUAAUGAAAAUGUAAAUGUGUUUGAAUGCAUUAUAAAUGCGAUCAGAACAUUCGAUCAAGAGAAGGAAAGCACAAAAAGUGCAAUAAAAUUAAAUUAGCUUUGCGUGGUUAUCUCAAUUUGCCAAACAGUAUACAACUUAUAUCAAGAAAAGAUUGCAAACGAAAACUACAGUUGUCCUGAUAAUGUUCU